UAUUUUUAGGCUCCAUCUUGAGUCCAGGAUCUAAGAGUGUUAAAGAGUCCUGAGGUCUGCUCUCUGCUCGCAGAAUCACGGCCGGUUCAGCCUCCGAUCCUUGGGACCUCCAUCUGGGUCUGCGUCCGGUCUAGGACAGCAGGUGUCCUGAGAGGACGAGCAGCUGAGGUGGGUCGGAAAGGGCCUGCGGCGGCUGACCCCCCCUCCUCACCAGGUUCUGCACUAUGGGGAACCACGGCUCCAACCUGGACGACAUCCUUUCUGAGGACAUGCACCACUGGUACAACAAGUUCAUGCGGGAGUCUCCGUCGGGCCUCAUCACCCUGUUCGAGCUGAAGGCCAUCCUCAACCUGAGGGGCAUCACCGAGGACGCCAACAGCUACGUGGAGCAGGUCUUCUUCACCUUCGACAUGGACGGGGACGGUUACAUAGACUUCGUGGAGUACAUCGCCGCCAUCAGCCUGCUGCUGAAGGGGGAGAUCAACCAGAAGCUGAAGUGGUACUUCAAGCUGUUCGACCAGGACGGCAACGGGAAGAUCGACAAGGAUGAGCUGGAGACCAUCUUCACGGCCAUCCAGGACAUCACACGUAACAGGGACAUCGACCCCGAGGACAUCGUGGCGCUCAUCUUUGAGAAGAUCGAUGUGAAGGGUGAAGGUGAAAUGACAUUGGAGGAGUUCAUCGAAGGAGCCAAAGAACAUCCGGACAUCAUGGAAAUGCUAAAGAACCUGAUGGACCUGACCCCUGUCCUGGAGAUCAUUGUAAAAGGCCGAGUGAAUGAAAUCAAAGACUGAGAGCGCUCAGAGCGCCGCGACGUCCUGCUUCUGCUGCGAGCAGCCGAGCACUCGCCGUCCAGCCUGCGAGCUCCUGGCUGCUUCAACUUUCAGGAGAACUCCAAGACUUUACAAACCCCACCUCAAACUUCCUUCAAAGCCGUCUAUCAGACUCCUAAUUUCAAUCCGGCUUCUCGUUUCUCGUCUGGACCUUUUUAGUUCUGUGAGCGUUGACACUGGUUUCAUAAAAAAGAUUUCUCAUGGGAGCUGCUCAUUCAAACGAUGCUGAAAGACUCUUCUCUUCACUGACAAUUUGUCUAGUUUUAGUUUGUUUUUAGCUAAAUUAGGAGUUCUUUCAUUUUGAAAGCAUCUUGAAGUCUUCAGCUGAUUUGCAACAUCAUGAAGCCAAAAUAUUGACUUCAAAGACGAGGGGACUUGCUAUAUGUGGAGAGAGGCAGGGCUGUAAGGCGGAGAAAGGCGGGGCUUUGAGCAGAGGCUCAGUGAAGGGAAGAGAAGUUGUGGCGCGUCAGAGCCUGCCUCAAGUGACCAUUGGUGGAAUUACACUUAAAGUUCCUCUGCAUGUUUCAAACAUCAAUGAAAACCCUUUAAAAUCUCAAUUACUUUGAACUUCUUCAGCAUUUUAUGAAAUACUUGCACUUUUCCAGAACUUUUCAGCACUUUCACCCCACUGACAACACACCAAGGUGUUCUGAUCCAACCAUUCAGUCCUGACUGAGAAGACCACAGUGGACCACCGCACUCUCCAAUCAGAAACUCCCACCUGAAUCUCAUCAUUUCCUGGAGAAGUUCUUCCAGAAUCCUUGUGAAUUUUUCAGACGUUUUUGGCUGAGUUCAGGUUCAGGAUUUAACGAGGAAUUCAUCGUAUUUUCACACUGGAAACAAACCAAACCAACUAAAUCAAGAGAAUCGAUCAAUAAUAAUCAUCUCAUGCUUGACUUGGGUUCUAAUGUCAAGUUGAGAUUUAUUGACUUGAGGCUGCAGUCAUCCUCUCCAUUCACUCUUCUUUGGUGGUGAAACCUUUACUUACCAAAGAGUGCAACAGAAGGAAGAUGGUUAUCCAGUAAAGACUGGAAGCCAUACCAGCUGAAGUCUGACUUCAGAGGUGAAGAUCCUCCUCCAGCUGAACUUCCAUAGAUCUGAGCUGCCGGUUAGCAUCCAUGCUAUCACUCUAGAGACCCUGUUUGAUCUUUUGAACCAAUCAUGUUCUGUGUUGCCUUACCAAUAAAGUUUUUAAACAAAGCUCCAGCCUGAAAUCCCUUUUUCAGUUCUCAUCUAAUGACUUCACUUCACAGAGGUGUACCUCAAGGCUCUAGUUCAAGACUUCUGCUUUAUUUGAAACAUUUGGUAACAGCUUGAUUAAUUAUGUCCAUUUACACCUCUAAGUUCAAAAAAGAACUUUGUAAACUUUCUGUGUUGCGUUUUGGUCCAGAGGAAAGUCCUUUCUUCUUUCCGUUUGCUUCGAUCCUCCUAAUUUCCAGAACAUUCUUCCGUCUACUUCUCCAGAAAAAAAAACAUUUGAGAAACAGAAUUAA